AAGAGCUUCACUCAGAGUGCCCAUCUCACAUCCCAUCAAAGAAUUCAUACAGGGGAGAAACCAUAUCAGUGCUCAGAAUGUGGGAAGACCUUCAGUAAAAGGGCUCAUCUCACUUCCCAUCAAAUAAUUCAUAUAGAGGGGAAACCCUAUAAGUGUUUGGAAUGUGGAAAGAGCUUCAGUCAGAGUGCCCAUCUCACUUCCCAUCAGAGAAUUCAUACAGAAGGGAAACCACAUCAGUGCUUAGAAUGGGGACGAAACUUCACAUUGAUGUCCAAUCGCACAGCCCCUCAAAAAAUUCAUACAAAGGAGGAACUAUUUUAUUGCUUGGAAUGUGGAAAGAGCUUCCGUCAAAGUGCCCAUCUCACUUCCCAUCAAAGAAUUCAUACAGGGGAGAAACCGUAUCCCUGUUCCAAAUGUGGAAAGAGCUUUAGUGACAGGGCAAAUCUCACUUCGCAUCAAAGAAUUCACACGGGGGAGAAGCCAUAUCAGUGCUUGCAGUGCGGAAAGAGCUUCAGUCAGAGCAACAAUCUCGCCUCACAUCAAAGGAUCCAUACAGGGGAGAAACCGUAUCAGUGCUUGGAAUGUGGAAAAACCUUCAGUCACAGCCACCAUCUCCUUUCCCAUCAAAGAAUCCAUACAGGGGAGAAACCAUAUCCUUGCUUGGAAUGUGGAAGGCGCUUUAGUGACAGGGCCAAUCUCACUUCGCAUCAAAGAAUUCAUACAGGGGAGAAACUAUAUCAGUGCUUGGAAUGCGGAGACAGCUUCAGUCGUAAGAGAAGUCUCACUUCACAUGAGAGGACUCAUAGUAGGGAGGAACCAUUUUAAAUCCUUAGAACAUGGAAACAGCUUCAAUUCCAAGAUGAUCUCACUUUCCAUCAAAAAAUUAGUACAGGGCAGAAACCAUAUCACUAGUUGGAAUGUAGAGAAAGCUUCAGUCUGAGCCCCCAUCUCACUUCCAAUCUAAGAAUUCAUCCAUGGGAGAAGCCACAACAGUGCUGAGAAUGUGGAAAGAAGUUCAAUGAGAGGGCCAAUCUCACAGUCCAACACAAUCAAACCUAAACAAAUUCUUGUGCACAUGUGAGAAAAAUGAAUAUUCUCUGUUAGCAGAGUUAAAUAAUUUUUCAUAUUAUAUAGAUUUUGCUUUAGCUGUUUCAUGUGUUUAUGGGAUUACGUAUCAGUGUAUCUAUGAGUGAUUUGAUUCUUACAUUCCUACAUUUUGCAAAUCUCUCAUGCCACACGUCUACACUGCAUUCCAUGCUGAUCUGACCCUGGAUUGUGGGAGGUGUAUUUGCAUUACUAGAAAGGCACAAAUGCCCAGCCAAGGAGGGAGGUAUUUGCAUUAGAACUGGAGUGCUAAGCAAGUGUUCCAGGGACAUGGAAGGACGAUUUGCCCCUUACUGAAGGCAACUGGAGGCCAAGUGCAAAAGCUGAAACCUAAGGGUUGGGGUUCCCCAAGAUAAAUGAGGGGAGCUGAAAACAGAGUCCAGCCAGAACUUUUACACUCCUUUACCUGUGACAUCUUUUGAUGUAUGCAGUGUUGUUUUGUGAUGUAUAGCAGAUAUUUGUAUAAAACCCUAUAAAACCUUUGUUCACAUGUUCCUUUGCGGACAGUCUUUUCUAGCUGGCAAAACUGCCCUAUUGUCCCAAUAGUUUUAAUAAACCAAGUCCCAACAGGACAUUUUUGUUUGC